AACACAUUGGGGUGCAAGAAGCCCACUGCAAAUGUAGGCAGCCAUGUCGAUCGCAUCUGUCGCCCACAGUCGCGUGUUUGGCAUCAACAUCGAUGUCCUCGACAACAUCUUUUAUGUGGAUGAAAACACUCUUCUUUAUUCCGCUGGCUGCAAUGUUGUUAUCGCCAAUGUCGAGCAAGAUUCGCAGAAAUACAUACCCUUGUCCGGGUAUGGCAUAUGUGCUAUGACCAUAUCCUCUGAUCGGCAUGUAUUUGCCGUUGCCCAGCGGGGUGCGCCCGGAGAUAUGCCAGGAAAAGGCACCAGAGGCGCUGAAGGAGCAACUGCUUUGAUUACAAUGUAUGAAAUCCACAGCUCGAGGAAACGGAGAUCAGUUGUUCCGAUGGAUGGUUGUAUAUCCAAGUUCACCGCAUUGUCGUUCUCCACGGAUGCGAAAUACCUGGCGGCUCAGGGUGGUGCCCCUGACUGGCUAUUGCAUUUCUAUGUCUGGGAAAAAGGGAAACUCUUAGCAACCAUCUGUACGAGCCAAGAUGGGGAAUCCGCCGUGCGGCAGAUUGGAAUCAAUCCAAUGGAUGAAACAGAGCUAUGUGUUGUCGCGGCGAAAGGAGUAAAGCUGUACCGGUAUGCGGAAGGGGGAUUGCGGGAAACCCCCGUGGCAGGUCUUGAACAGUUGAAUUACACGUGCCACGCCUGGCUGCCACCGGCUUCCUCACGGAUUGCACUGGGCACUUCUACCGGACAAAUUGUGAUUAUAAAUAAUGGAGAAGUCGUCCAAACCCUCAAUUUCUCGGACUCGGUAGCAUGUUUGAUGGCACUAUCGCGUGGAUUUGCAUGUGGAGGUGGUGGAGGCGUAUUGCAAGUCUACGAACGCUACACUGAAGAAGCGCUUGCAAAAGACUUGUUCAAAAGUGUCAGAAAAAUCCCACUACCGGAAGAAGCAAGAGUACGAAAUAUGACAGGAAGCUCCUCCGAAGGAAUCUUGUUUGUGGAAAUGGAAACUUGUCAAGUCUUCAAAUUUGUGCUGACUGAACAAAAGAGCUUGAAGGGCGAAGAACCCAAGCUACGUCCGUUAUCCCAGCCCUUCCAUUCAGGAGCUGUGACCGGAUUGGACACUUGCGUCCGGAAGCCUAUCCUAGUGACUUGCAGCGUAGACCGGUCGAUACGCAUCUGGAAUUAUCAAACUAAUACGUGCGAGCUCGUAAAGUAUUUCUCCGAAGAGCCCUUUUCGGUAGCUCUACAUCCCUCCGGCUUGUACAUUUUGGUCGGCUUUAGUGAUAAGCUCCGACUGAUGAACAUACUAAUGGACGAUUUGCGUGUCUUCCGAGAGUUCGGACUGCGGGGAUGCCGGGAGUGUCGGUUCUCCUCCGGUGGUCAUAUGUUUGCCGCCGCACAGGGAAACAUGAUUCAGAUCUUUUCAACAUGGACUUUCGAGAACCUUGCCAAUCUCAAAGGACACAAUGGGCGAGUUCGAUCCCUCGUAUGGACGCAGGAUGAUGCCUAUCUUGUCUCAGCGGGAGCAGAUGGAGCUGUUUAUGCGUGGAGUGUGGCGGAAAUGAAGCGAGAAAAUGAACAUAUCCUGAAAAGUACGGCGUAUUCGUGCGCCGUAGUCGCCAAGGAUGGGAAGACAAUGUGGGCUGUUGGGUCUGAUAUGAUGCUGAAGGAAAUUACAGAAUCCACCGUAACAAUCGAGUUUGAAUCAGAUCAGGCAUUGACCCAGCUGGUGCUCUCUAACUCAGGGCGCAUGCUUUUUGCAGGAACUGCAUCUGGGACUAUUCGCGCAAUCAAAUAUCCCCUCUCUGGUCACGCCGACGACUUUCAGGAACAUAUCGCCCACAGCGGUGCAAUCACCAAGUUGCGCGUAUCAUAUGAUGAUCAAUACCUCUUCUCUGCGUCCGAGGACGGUACCAUAUACGUCUUUAAAAUUUCGGACAAGGAGGAAAGAGGAUUGAGAAGGGAGAGAGUGAUGGUGUUUGCAGACGAGAUUCUCAUCACGAAAUCUGAUCUUGAAGAGAAAACCAUUCAAACCUCUGAGCUGCGUCGAUCGCUGGAAGAGUUGCAGAUAGAACACGAGUACCAGCUCCGCUUGCGGGACAUGGCGUUUAACGAAAAAAUGAAGGAUCUCAGUGAAAAGUUCUCAGGGGAAAUGGAGGCUUUGAAGAUCUCGACCAGCGCAUUGCGCACGGGGAAGGAGAAGGAGGAGGUCAAACAUGAAGAAGCCAUGGCGAAAUUGCUUCAAAAGCAUGCGACGGAACUGCAUGAGGUUGAAGCUCACUAUAAUCAGGAACUUAUGGAGGAAUAUGAAAAAUUCCAAGCUGCUCAACAAGAUGCGCAUGGCAUGCAAGAAUCAUGGCAGCAACAGAUGCGUAGAUGCGAAACCGAAACUCAACAAGCACUAACCAGUGCCCAGGCGGAUUGGGAAGGAAAGUUGAAUCAAAAAGCAGCUGAGAUUGAAAAGCUUCAAUCAGAUCUUCGCAAUCAACUAGCUGAACAGGCAGAGGAACACAAUCAAAUUACACAAGACAUUGACACAGAGAUUACACGUCUGCAUGCAAAAUACGACCGUAAAUUGCGAGCUGAAAGGGAGGAAGGUGCCCGUCUCAAGGGCGAGAAUGGAAUCAUGCGCAAAAAAUUCAAUACUUUGACGAAGGACAUUGAAGACAACCGUGCAGAGAUUGUGCGUAUGAAGGAGGAUGAGCGAACUUUGAAAGGAAUCAUUGACGGGCUAGAGAAAGAGAUUACCGCCCUCAAGAAAGAGAUGUCGGAACGCGACAUCUUGAUUCAAGAAAAAGAACGACGAGUUUAUGACUUGAAAAAGAAGAACCAAGAACUCGAAAAGUUUAAAUUCGUCCUCGAUUUCCGAAUAAAGGAACUUAAAGAACAAAUUGAACCUCGCGAGACCCAUAUCAAAGAUAUGACGACACAUAUUUCCUCCAUCAACACUGCCCUGGAAGUGCUCACAGCGCAAAAAGAAAAAUUCACUACAACCAUAUCCGAACUGACUUCGCGACUAAACCAAACAAAAAACACAUACCGCAACCAACAUUCUAAAGCACACCAAUUAACACAUUAUGUAAAAUCAUUCUUGACGGACUUGGAAGACGCGGUUCACUACAUACAAGAACCAGAGAUAUUGAGGGCCGCGGUUGAAAAACUGGAAGACAAAUACUUGGGUGAUGCUCCAAGAGGCGAUUUGGUCGACUCUGGAAUAGAGCCGGAGGUGGAUCGGGAAUACAUUGCACAGAAUCAAGUGCUCCGAGAACGUAUCAAAGAGUUGCAGGGGGUCGUCGAAGGGAAUUUGAAAAAGUUCAGAAUAGAUGAAACAGGUAGUGUGAUGGUGAACAGAGGAUUGAUUGGGGACAUCAAUCGUCUUCGUCGAAUGACAAAGCAAAGCGCAAAACAAAUCAAAAACCUGCAAGUGCUGGCGAUAACGGAAGUUCCCGUCGUGCCAGGCCGAUCGUUGUCUACUUCUGGAGCAUCUGGAGUAGUCGCUGCCCUUGACUCUGGUGGAACCAAACUUCCCACGCUGGUUGAGGGAAGAGCUGGGGUCGGGGUGUCAUGAGAAGGAAUGAAGCUUAACACUUUUCUGUAUAGUUAUUGCCACCUUUUUUUGUAUUAUGCAUCUUUUCAUAUGACAGAAUACAUCGGGUAUUACCGAAAUUGACAAUCAA